AUGUUUUAAAACAAUUUGGUUGUCCUUGAAAUUAUUGUCAAAUAGCUUUCACUCAGAGAUAAGCAAGCAUUACCUAUCCUAAUAACUCCAAAAAUGCGUGGACAGCCCUCUCCUUUAGACAUUUCAGUUAAAAACCGUCAAUAAAAGAUAAUAAACUUAAUUCUCUCAAUCGUGCUCAAAUAUUAAAACCACAUAAUGUUCAACUAGCUUAUAGAUAAGAAUUUAUGUGAGCUAUUAAAACAAUAGAUAGAUUUGCAAGAAUAUUUUGACAGUAACUUGGUAAGAUACUAAAUUUUAGAUCCAUCUUUCCCAAUUCAACACUCUGAUGAAUAGGAACUUGUGGAGGGUAUUACUCUUGAUCAAGCCAAAGAUGUCCAUCAAAAAUACGAAGAAUUAUUCGGACAUAAGUUAAAGGAAUUAUCCUACUAAGAAGAUGAAUCACUAAAUUCGAUAGAGUAUAAUCUUAUAAACUUACCUAAAACUUUGAUAAAUAAUCCCACUGAAUUAAUGAAAGUAUUAAGCAAUUCAGAUAAGCCAGAAUACUUUGAAAAUCAAAUUAUUCAGAGCAUUAUUAACUUUAAAUGGAAGAAAUAUACUCUGUCUUAUUACUAGACUUAAUUUUACAUCUAUCUGAUAUUUAUGACAGCUUUUACAUUUGAUAUUUUUUACACAACUUACUCUUCCAAAAGUUACAAUGAUUAUACUAAAUAGCAAGAGGUGAAACAAGCAGAUGAUAAUCCUGAAGAUUAUGUACCAAAUAUCCUUGUUAAAAUCUCAACGAAAAUAAUAUGCGGUUUAGUCUUAAUCUUCUUUCUGAUUCAUGAAAUAAGACAGAUAAGAAUUUAAAAGGUAAGUUACUUUUUAGAUGCAUGGAACUACUAUGACUUUUUCCAUAUUAUAGCCUUCAUUGCUUUUUGUUAUCUUGAAUUUAAUAAUGAAGAAUCAGAGAUACUAAUCCUGAUUAAGAUUCUUUUAAUUGCUUUAUCCUUUUUAAAGAUAUUCUACUUUUUGAGAAUCUACGAUGGAUUUAGCUUCCUAGUUCAGAUGAUGGCUGGCGUCUUCAAGGACCUUAAAUACUUUAUCUGCUUUUUCCUAAUUUUCAUCUUACUUUUUGGAAUGAUUUUCUUAGUUUUAUUUAAGGCUGAAUUUAUAGAAGAAUACAAGGGUGUAAAUGGAAUAGCUUAUUUCUUAAUGGCAUUUAGAAUAUCCUCUGGAGAUUUUUAAUUGGAAGAUUAUCAGAAUUAAAAUGACAUAUUAGCUAUCUUAUCUUGGAUCAUGUGGAUAAUUGCAGUUCUUACUCUCAAUAUUGUGUUUAUGAACUUUAUCAUUGCUGUGAUAUCUGAAUCCUAUGAAAGAGUCAUGUAAAAGCUUAUUGCUGAAUCCUACAAAGUUAAGGCUAAUAUGAUUAUGGAAAGAGAAGAAUUGUUUUCAAUUAAAGCGCUAAACAGAAAAGAUUAUUUUCCGAAUUACAUAGUGGUCAGAAGAUAAAUUAAAAAUGAGGCCAACGAGGUUGGAGAAUGGCAAGGAUUCAUCAAAGAUUUGAAGUACACCAUAAGAACAACUUCAUCAAAAUCUAAAAGCGAAAUAAUCUCAACUCAUUCAUCUGAGCUCUCAAGUCUUAAAAAAUAAAUUGAUGGACUACAAAAAGAGGACUUAGCAUAAUUGAAACAUGAGAUAAAAUAGGAUAUUGAGCAAAAGGUUUAAGAGAUUUAAGUCUAUAUAAAAGAGAAUAUGAAUGGACUUAAAUCUGAUAUUGACAGCCUAAAAGGAGAUAUGGACUUUAUUAAGGCUUCAAUCUCAUAAAUAAUUCAAAAGAUUAACAAUUGA